AUGUCCGCUACAACCAAUACCAGUGAAAAAUCGAGAGCCAUCAAACGACCCUUUCAAGUCCGAAACACUCUGACAUGCAAUGAUGAAAGUUUGAUAUGGCUCGAUGAUGCAACACUAAAACAAUAUAAAUUAAUCAUAGAUCAAUACACUGUACUUUCACUAGAUUAUAUUCCGAAUUGCGUUUCUUUGGAAUCAUCACAGCAGUCUUCCAUCAUUUCAUCAUCUACUUCUCUUCAAGAUGAUUCACCCCUACCAAAAAUUAAAAUUAAAUUAUAUGCGAAAAUUAAAUUAGAUAAAUCAAUGACCACAAAACAGGCCAUUAUUUCCUCUCAUUUGUUUGAACAAAUGAGAAAUAGAAUUUUAAAAGAAUUUCCUAAAGAAAUUAUCACCUUUCCCGCUGAUUCUCAACUAUUGAUUUAUAUAUCAAAUCAAGUACAUAGAGAUGAAAUUCCAAAAUGCAACAAAUUAGAACUUGUUUUACAUCAUUCAAAUAAUUCUCCAAUUUUGACCCAAAUAUUACGUAAUACCAAGCUAUUGAAAGAAUUGCUAAAUGCAAAGUCGAAACGAUAUAAUUCGUGUUUUCAAUCACACUGUAUAUAUAGGAUAGAUAUUUUAGAAAUGAUACUCUAUUUUGAAAUGAUUGGAUAUUCAAUGGAUAACAAAGAGCUAUUACUAUUUACCAUGUCAGAAACAUGCUCGUUAAAGGUUGAGUCAACACAAAUGCAGGAGAAAGUAACUGCACAGGUCAUCCCUGCUACCACCUCUAUUCUUCCUCCCGUAUCAUUCCACACUCUUGUGAAAUCCAUCACUUCACAUCCCCAUGUUCCAAUUUAUCACGAAAUUAUUUCUCAAUUAAUAUAUCUUAUUCUCAACGAAGACGCACAUAUUAUCAUUCACGGAGAGCAGGGUGUUGGAAAAAACUAUCUCGUUCAUCACACACUCUCACAACUUGAGCCAUUAAUGGCCAAACAAGGAAUUUAUAUUGAGAAGAAUGAAAUAUCUGCAAGCGAAUUAUUUCAUGGAGGUGUUGGUGAAAGUGAAAACGCAUUUAAACAACUAUUAAUUUCAAAGCCAAUGAUCGAUCACUCGAAAAUAUGUCAUUCUAUGAUCAAAAUUAUUGUCAUUGACGAUAUAGAUAAUAUUCUAACAAGUAAUAGCAGAUAUGAGAGUGGAAGGGUGGACCGAAGUAUGAUUUCUGAGCUCAUUCACUUUUUUGAUAUUCACUCUUUGAAGAACUCCAAGAAGAAAACUAUUGACCCAAGUGCCAAUCAUUUCAAAACCAUUCUUAUUGGACUUACAAGCGAUAUUGAUCGAAUAGAUGGCUCAUUGAUUCGAUCUAAUCGAUUUUCCAGGCUUCUCGAGUUAAAAGUGCCGUCUCCACAACAGCGUUUGAAAAUAUUGAAAUUUAUCAUUUCAAAAUUCAAUCCUACCAUGUUACUGAAUGAUGAACACUUUCUCUCCAACAUGUACACCUGUCAGUUAGAAUCUCAAGGGUUUGUGUGGUCUGAUUUUGUCAAAUUGCAAAGUUUGAUUGAAUUAGAGAAAAUGGAAAAUCCACAACAAUCACUGGAUUGGAACUCGUUUAAACGUUUCAUUAUGAAAUGCAAACCCAAAUCCAAUUCACUACAGGAACCAAUUCAUUCUUCUGCCACGACAGAUUCAACAUCAAGUCCUACUUCCAUGCAGGAUCACUUUUCAAUGAAUUUGGCAGGAAUAGAUUCUAUUAUUGAUCAAGUGAAAUUAUCUGUGAUUUAUCCAUUUUUACAUUAUGAAAAAUAUGUGAAAUUAGGGAUUCAAGCUCCAAAAGGAAUGCUCAUUUAUGGACCCAAUGGAACUGGUAAAACACUUCUAGCCACAUGUAUUGCAAGAGAAUGUAAAGCCAAUUUCAUUAGUGUUCAAUGCCCAGAUAUUCUCAGUAAGGUUGUUGGAGAGAGUAGUAAGGCCAUUAAGCAAUUAUUUGUGACGGCAAGACAAUGCGCUCCAUGUAUUCUGUUUUUUGAUCAAUUUGAUGCCAUUGCAAGGAGUAGAAAUGAUGAGAGUUCCAGUAAUUCGAGUGAUAAAAUGUUAAGCACCUUAUUGAUUGAAAUGGAUGGAGUUCAUCAACAUCGAAUGAGUGCUAUUUCAUCAUCACGUCGAUUGAAAAAUAAUAAUAAUAAUGGAAUGAACAACAAUCAUGAAGAUUUUAAUCACCAGGAAAAUGAUACAAGGCAGGAGAACCAUGAAUGGUGUGAAGAUGACCAAGAAGAUCACUCCGACCUGUUCACAUCCAUGAUUCAAAACGAUAAUGUAUUCAUUCUUGCAGCUACCAAUAGAAUGGAUUUAUUAGAUAGUGCAGUAUUAAGACCAGGUCGUAUUGAUCAACACAUUUAUCUGCCGUUACCCAAUGAAGAUUCAAGAGUUGAAAUUUUAAAGCUUAAAACGCAAGGAAUGCCCAUUCAAGAUCAUGAAACAUGCAUUCGAGAAAUGGCACAACGUACUCAAAAUUUCUCAGGUGCUGAUUUAGAUAAUUUAUGUCGAGAGGCUGCCAUGCUUUGUCUUCGAGAAAACAUGCAAAAUGAGAAGAUUACAAUGAAGCAUUUUGAAAUGGCUUUGCAAUCGAUUAAAAAGUGA